AUGGCUGGUCAUAAAUUAAGUGGAGCAGCAAUUGCAACAAUGUCAUCAGUUGUAAUAUUGUAUGUAGCAAUCAAAUCACCAUUAAAAUAUAAAUGGGCAGAAGAAAAUAGAAUGAAUCCUAAAUCAGAUUUAGAAUUUAGAAAAUCUGCUCAAGAAUGGUUAAAUAAAAAUCAAAAUUUACCAAAAGAUAUAAAAUUAGGUACUUCUACUUCAAAUGGAUUUGAAACUUUUUGGCAGAUAUUAUCUUGGCCUAUUAGAGCUCCUUUUAUUGCUUAUGAUACUGUAUCAGGAGCUUUUACACCUAUAAAUAAUAGUAAACAAAGUAUAAGUAAUGGUAAUAGUAAUGAUGAAUAG